CGUUGGAAAUUCUGGCAAGUCGUUCACAGAAGGUUUAUUUUGGCUCUCCUCGUCGCUCUUCCGCCGCCAUUAAAUACACAGAACCACACCAUGGGGUUCAGACAGUAAAAUGAUUUAAAACUGAAAAGAGAAAGGGGGUUGUUUCCACACCGGGUAUCUUCUAAUUGUGGUGGUUUCUGAUCAAUUGGAACAAUGUAAUACGUUGAGGUCAGACAAAACGGACAAAACGGGAAAGGCUCAAGCUCGAGAGGACGAGGGACUGCUGGGCAACUGGAAGGGUUUGUUGUGUUUGUGUGCCCGAGGAAGAAGUGCUAUCACAAAAUCAGCACUGUGUUCUCUCUACCGGACCUGAAGGAAGUGUGAGUGAGUGUGUGUGUGUGCGCGUGCGUGCGUGCGUGCGUGUGUGUGUGUGUGUGUGCGUGCGUGUGUGUGUGUGUGUGUGUGUGUGUCUGAAUCUGACAGAUCAGCUAUGACGGAGCUUGGGGUGAAAUGGGCCUGUGAGUACUGCACAUUUGAGAGCUGGCCAUCUGCAGUUAAAUGCACCAUGUGCCGUGCCCCAAAGCCCGGUUCUACCAUCAUCACCGAGGAGCCCUUCAAGAUCAACCCAGUGCUGGAUCCUGGCUGUGAGUGGGACCCCCCCAGGGAUGAGGGGGGUGGCAGAAGCCUCCUCAUUUGCCCUGACUCCAGUGCACGACCUCGUGUCAAGCUGCCAAACCCGGCUGAACCCAGCACCAAGUGGUCUUGCCACUUGUGCACCUACCUGAACUGGCCUCGAGCCAUUCGUUGCACCCAGUGCCUGUGCCACCGUCAGCGUCAGCGCCAGCGCAGCCCCACCGAGUCCCCCCAGACCUCAGGCUCUGGCUGCAGGCCAGGGCCCCCGUCUGUGGACCCCUGCGAGGAGUACAAUGACCGCAACCGGCUCAACACACACACUCAACACUGGACCUGCUCUGGCUGCACCUAUGAGAACUGGCCCAAGAGUCGCCGCUGUGUGGUGUGUGACCUCCCCCGGCCCAACAGCCUCCCAGAGCCCAUCCAGCUCCCUCAGUCUGAUGACCCUUCCUCCUCACUCAUCAAUGAGCAGGACCGUGUGCGCUGGAGGGCUGGGGGGGGUGGCUGCAGUGGCGCCGGGAGCCAGCGCAGGUCCCCCCCCACCUCCAAGAGGGAAGCAGAGCUGCAGAUCCAGGACUUUCAGAGGAUUGAGCUGGCGGCUGCUGCCAUGAGCAGCAAGGACGAGCAGCAGGUGGACUUCAAAAAGCUCAAGCAGAUCAAGAACCGCAUGAGGAAAACUGACUGGUUAUUCCUCAAUGCCUGCAUAGGUAAGUAGUAGUAGUGUGUUUGUGUG